AUGGACGAUUCCCUGGCCGCCGAGGCGGGCCAGCUCGAGCUCGCAGAACGCGAAGCUCAGCUCGCAGAACACGAAGCUCAGCUCGACCACUUCUAUCGCCAGUGCUACGGCGAGACCCCAGAACUUCCCAUUGCAGCGUCACCAUCGCCGCAGGAGGUAUGGGAGGUGAUCGCAGUGAGCGACGACAGCCAGGGGGCCGCGCUCUCAGAGCACGCAGACCCGCCUGAACAGGCGAACGAGAUGCAAGCUGAGCUCGCUUCCUUGAUCGCCCUGGCGCUGGUGGCUACAAAGGACAUGGUGCUUUGGCUGCUAGACCAUUGUGCAGCGAGGGGCACGGGCGAUAAUGCCAAUGCUGACGAUCCCCGCCAGCGAGACCGGAGCCGUGUCGGGGCGGCGGCUUACUUCUUACCCCAGAACCGCAGCAGAGUCUUCAUACGAGGCAUGCGGAAGAACAUCGUCCCUGCUGUCCCGAAGCCCCCGCCUCCAUUCGGCACCCGUCAGUUGCGCGAAGUUCUCGGCAAGUUCCCCCCGAUCGAUCGCGAGAGCCUCACCGAGGCUCAGAAGGAGAACGUGAAGGCCCAGGAGGAAAACGUGAAGCAGAAGUUUCUCGAUGACGAACUCUCCGAAGAUGACCUCGUAGUGAUUUCGACCGAUCGCGCCAUCGACGGCGUCUACACCCCUCCUUGCUUCCCCAACUUCUGCCCCACUCUCACAACGCGUAAUUUUUAUCUGUUCGUCAUGAGUGUUUCAGAUAUCCUGAGCGAGGUUCCUGAUAAGGACCGCUCGUUCUUUAGAUUCCUGCGCCCGACGGAGCGACUUGCGCUCCAGGGCUUGCCUCCUAGCGCCGCGCUUCACAUGCCCAGCCAUGCGGUUGCGGUCAAGGGCGCUGGGAAUGCGUUCCCGCCGCCGCUUAUAAUGGCG